AAAGUUACUAAACGCAACAAAAGAAAAAUGUCUUUAAAUUUAUUAAAAAGUUAUUCAAUUUUAACGGUUUUCUUAUUAAUGCAGUUCAUUGUAAAUGGCUCUGCUAUAAAGUGCUUUGUCUGCGAUUCCAGUGAUAAUCCCAGUUGUGCAGAUAUUGAAUCAAACAGCAGCAUUGUUGCGGAGGAAUGUACUCUCGAAAAAAUGAAAUCGAUUGACACAUGGCUUUUUGAGCUAAACAAAAUUGCAUAUUUUGAUACGGGAGCCAAUAGGAGUCCUCAAAUGAAUUGUCAGAAAGUGGUGGCCAAAGAUCCCAACACCAGCAAAAUGGUUACGGCUCGGUUUUGUCAACUCAGUGCAGGAGAGUCGGAUGCCUGUCAAAUUUUACGCUCAAAAUUAAAUCUGCCACCGGCCGGCAGUACACAAGCAACACAGAGUAAUAUGAACAGUAACAACAACAACAAUGGACGUCGCAACAUGGUGCAACAAGAAAAUGAAGUAGAACAAUUUCACUGUUCUAAUUGCUACACAGACAAUUGCAAUGGUGCCUCAAUUCUGGUUGAUUCUAUGCUUAUGGCCCUAAUGACAGUUCCUGUACAAUACAUGAUUUUUAGGCUGUGGUGAAAGUUUUGAAAUAAUAUUUAGAUUAGAUUAGUU